CUACAGAAAGUUUAGGGCAUUGUUCAACUAACUCGGUUAGAAGAGCUGAUUGGCAAUCAGAGUUUCGCAGUAGAGUAUCCAGAAUACUUCAUGUUUCUGUCGAGAGGUUUUUCUUCUUGUAUCAAACUUUAUGCAGAUAGCUCAAGUGGGAAAUAAAAUUCCGCUCAUAUCCUACAACUUCGAGUCGUGUCCUCGUGUUCUGGUAGUGCAUUCUUCCUGACAACUUCCCCCUUUCUCUCGAAUUACCAGAAUACUACAGUUUAAAGGGCGUGGCAUUACGGUUGGUACUAUACAUUCUCACUACUAGAAUAUUGACGUAGAAUCUUGAUUUCCAUUAUCCAAGCUGCCCAAGGCCAAGUUGUAGACGGAAAUGACACUUUCGUGAAAAGUACAGGAAACCACCAUUGCACCGAUCCGAUCCACAUACACUGUAGCUAGUUAGCACUGCAUUUCACCAGAGAGCCUGAAUACCAUUCACGAUGGCAGAGAGGCCGCGAACAGAAGAGAUGACUGAACCCCCGAGUGAUGUCACAACAAGUAAAAGAAUGAGCUCAGUGGCCAAUGAAGAUUUCGACGACAUCUUGACGAAGAUAGCCAAGGCCCUAUACAGAAAUUCAGACAUCAAUGAUCUCGGAAAAGCUUUGGGAUUUGGGCCCGCAGAUAUUAAUCGCAAGAUUGACGAAAACGCCAAACAAGGAGGGAAUCAUAUGGGAACAUUGGAUUUGCUCAGGAUGUGGCGAAAGGGACAAACAUGUUCGACUGAAAAGGCGGCAUUGAGGUCGGCACUAUUAGAAGCGGGAUUUGAUAACCUGGCAGACCAAUAUCUAAGCACUCCCGUACCCGGUGACGGUGAGGCGAUGCCAAGUGAAAUAAUGAAGCUAAGUGAACAGCUGAAAACAAGAUAUCGCAAGAAAUUUGGUCAGAUCAAAACAUCACCUGUGGACUCUCAGUCACGGACAUGGCUUCAGCACAUCUAUGUCAGUCUCGUCCUGAUGUUGGGAUUAGAAGGGGAAAAGGAGGAGCCAAUAGAUUAUGACGGGUUGUUUAAAUUCAUAAAAACUGACACACCGAAAGGUUUUGUAACACGAUUAGCUUUCAUUGGAGAAGCUGGUGUAGGGAAAUCGACGCUGUUUGCUAAGAUAGCUCUUGAUUGGGCUGAGGGUAAAAUUCUUCAAGAAAUCCGGCUGCUUUUUCUUGAAUCAUUUCGAGAGAUUAAAGAGAGCGGAUUCUUCGGGGAUACUGUCAUGGCGCAUUUCCCAGAUGACUCAGAAAUAAAAGGGGAACGGGUCGAUGCAUAUGUGAGAAAAAAUCCGAGAAAAGCCCUAAUCUUAUUGGACGGACUAGACGAGGCACAUAUCGACAUCAAAAUGCCAAACUGCAAUGACGCUAUUGUAUCGAUCGUAAGAGGAGAACGAUUCAUUGAUACCCCAGUUGUCAUCACAACCCGUCCUAAUGGAGCUGAUCAGAUCAAGAGCAUCAUGACGAUUAAUGACCACUACACGUUUGGUAAGGUUAAGGGCUUCACAAAGAAAAACAUGUCAACAUAUAUCAAAAACUAUUUCAAAGAUGAUUCUCAGUCUGCUUCGACCCUCAUUAACUUCAUUAAUACAAACAAAGUGGUUUCUGAGUACAUGGCACCCUUCCCGAUAUUCUGCUGUAUGCUAUGUUGCCUGUGGAAAACGCCAUCUGGGCGGGAAAAUAUUCAGACAAUGGAAACAUUCUCGCAACUCUUGAAACGUCUUGUCUUUUCACUUCAAGAGCAAUACUCUUCCAAACGAAAUGAGUCAGAAGAGGACUAUGGAAGCCGCAUGAACAAAGCUGAUGAAAGCAUGAAAGAGCUUGGUUGUAUCGCAUUUCAAGGUCUGUUGGUUAAACAGCUCAUCUUUGAUGAAAAGGCGCUCGACUCAUGCAUAGAGGCUGCAAGGACUGCAUGCGAGGUCGGGAUUCUUAGCAGGGAAAAAAGGCCAGCACCCUUGCAAAUCAGAGAAAGUCAGCGAAAGCAAUUCAUCCAGGAAUUCUCUUUCCCUCAUAAGUUACUGCAGGAGUACAUAGCGAGUUCCUACCUUGCAUCGCUGUUCCACAAAGACCGUCGAGAAUUCAACAGAAUCCUGGCAGACACUCUUUUAGAAGACUACAAGGAAUUCAAAUAUGUCUUGUACUUCACUGCAGCUCAUGGAGGUGAAGUAGGAAAGUCGGUCCUGGAAGCUCUAUGCAUGAAAGUUGCUGACAUGGCAUUCAUUAUUAAGGUUGCUUUUGAAUGUCAUGAUUCAGAAGCCAUUGAUUCCGUCAGGAAUCUUUUGAAGACGAAGGCAGAUCUUUCGUUUACAGAUCAUACAAUUCCUGCACUCAUCUUCACACUGGAGUCAAUAGGGAAAGAAGUAGUAAGAAGAAGUUCUUCGGUUCGUGAAACAUUGGGUGUUAGCAAGUCCUUUGAUACCAACGCAUCAUCGUCACAUGUAGCAGCAGUAGGUCUUUUCACAUUGCAGAACCUACAAAGCUUGAUCUUAAGCAUGGGCCUGGAUGAUGAAUUCUUCACAGGAAUGUCUGCUGCAGCUUCACAUUCCAAGAUUAAGCAGCUAAGGCAUGGGUUGGGAGAACUGGGUCCUGCUGCAUCCUAUCAUUACGCGAGAUGUCUCAGCUUCAUGCCUCAUCUUCGAUCACUAAGUCUGAUCAGUUUAAAGCUGAGUGAUGAUGAGUUCUACUCAACGAUGGCCUCUGAGGCAUCAAAUUCAAAGAUCCAGACGCUGAGUAUGACGGAUGUUUCCAUGAUGACUCCACGGAGACUACACUCCAUUCUCUCGCUACCACACCUCCAGUCACUCACCUUGACGGAUAUCGAACGAGUUGACAUAGACGAUGGAGAGACACUGACUCGUCAAACAUCCUCAGUAGUUGAGCUUUCUGUAGAAGGUAAGGAUGUGAUCAGCCUGUGGAAUCUUGGACUUCAUACAUCAUGUCCCCAAGUGAAAAAACUCGAACUGACCUACCGGGACGAGGAGAAUGUCUCAUCAGGAAUCAUCACAAUGGCCUGCUCUCCAUUCCAUCAUCUAACUCACCUUCAAAUCGAGGGAGACGUGUAUCAAUCAUCUACUACACUGAAUGAUCCUGUGUCAUUUUGUGAUGCGGUUAAAACAUCAUGUCCUCUACUCACCAAGCUGUCCUUUUUUUACAUUCCACUAAACAACGAGAAGGCAGCCGAGAUCAUCCAACUCAUGAAGAUUCAUUCACACCUGACAAGCAUAAAGUUGAAUCUGUGUGAUACCAACGCGGAUCUGGAUCCACUGAUUUCUGAGGUGAACAGUGAAGGCAAGGUGACUGUCACCGUGAAGCAUGGUGAUGGGGUAAGAAAGAACACUAGAUUACAUGGUCAUCCUCCGAUUGAUUCUUCUCCCAUUUUCUGGCAUUCCAUCGAUUCAAAGUAGGCUAUUUUUUAAUUAUCCAUAUUUAACUCCGCCCAAUCGGUACACAAGUAUUCUGGCAUUCUGGCCUGAUUAAAAAUGAUCACGUCUAGCAAUAGGUUUGUUCUUGAUCUGUGUAAUGAUAUCCAAAAACUGAAAUAUAACAAACAUAGAGAAAAAACUCUUCACAACUAUAUUUUCCAAAAUUCUGUACAAAUGUUUUUUGUUAAAUACACUUUUUUUUCUUCAAAAGGCCAGUUUUAUUGAAAAAUGUCCUGUUUAAUAUGAAAAACUCUAAUUCAAUUAAUACUUUUAAACGAUUGUAUACAUCCAAUCUUUUAUCAUUGUAUUCAAUCUGAAAUUAAAUGACGUAACGCACUUAAAUAAUCCCCCUCCCCUUCCCCUUUUUUCCUUUUGUAUUGGGGUCCAGGUUUUCUCUGCAUUUCUUUUCCUUUUUUCUUUUCUCAACAAUACAGUAUAUACUUUUUAAGGGGUUGACGUUCAUAAGGCCAAUUGCCCUUUUUGUUAACCCCACAUUCCCUUAAGAUUUUGUUUGCUCCUUUCCCUUGUAUUUUUCUUGUAAUCAAUCUUUUAUCUGUAUAUCAUGUAUAUCAUGUAUAUCAUGUUAUAUGUUAAAUGUUUUUAUGGAGAAUGGAAAUAUGAAUAAAAACAAUUAGAUAUGAACAUUUGUAGGGAAAAAGUACUUUUCCUUCACGUGCAUGAUGUAGGCAAAAACGCUCAUUGUACUUUGUCCUCUUUUAAAAAAAAAGCGAUAUGACCUUAAUAUCUGAAGAAAAGAUGGAAAUUUUCCCUUAUCUAUAUAGGUCUAAUUGAAGAAAUGUUUCAAAUUAUCAUGUAGCAUGCAUCUUAGCAAAACUAAACUCCACUCAGCAAGGUGACAAAAGGUAGAUAGAUAAAAACAUGCUUUUUACAAUAAUGCAAUAUCCAUGAGUUCUAAUUUUUUUUCUGAACAUGUUAAAGAUGAAUAAUGUUGUUUGUGGCCUGCAUUUUUUUUAUAAUCAAACUUCCUGUAUAUUCUCACAUCUGUAAUUAAAAACAACAACAAAUAAAAUUUUCAUGAAGCAAUGAUGUCAUUAAGAUGGGUGAUAGGUACGGAGUGUAGGCCCGUCUGUGUCUCCUCUUCCUCUGCCUGCUACCUUGGUGAAGAUAGUGAUAUCAUAAUAUAAAAUCUUCCCUGCCUGAAAUGUAAAGCUUUCGGGGAAAAAUACCUCACUAAUGUCUACAAAUACUCUAGAAUUAUUAGGGCCUAUGUAAUCAAUUGAAAUGUAAUUUUGGUUUUACUAGAUAUCCUAGCAUUUGAUCAUUAUCAAUUUCUCUCCAAUUUGAAUAUACAUGUAUGAUUGAAUCCAUUAGGCCUAACAAAAAAUGUAGUACCAGUAUUGCCCUUUAGAUGGCAGCACCUGGGUCGGUCUGUCGAUCGGUCAAACUUGUUUUUGUUUUUUUAAUGGACCGAAAGUGACCAUGAAAAGACAGCAAGAGGUUCAAAUCAUAGCCUAUUACAAAUGGUUGUCUUUAAACUGGCCCACUUCAUAUGCUCUUCAUUCCUGUUUCAGUUCUGGGGGUUCCCUGUGUACGUUUUUAUGCCUCCGCCACCGAAGGUGGUGCCGGAGGCAUCAUGUUUUCGGGUUGUCCGUCCGUACGUCCGUCCGUCCGUACGU